AUGGACAAAUUUUUAAUUAAACGACCUUCGACUUCUUGUGAAAGUGUAAUUGUAAAUAAAAAACGUAAAUUGUCGGAAACUACAACGGACCAAUCUAUUAAUGAGGAAUUGGAAGAAAAAAAAACUUACAAUUUUGAGAACCAUAAAAAAGAACGUAAAUAUCAAGAUCAGUAUAUAAAAUUUGGAUUUACUUUUAUUGAAGAAAAAGGUAAGCAUCGUCCUAAGUGUUUAAUAUGUUUAGAAAUAUUGGCUUCCGAAAGUAUGAAACCCUCUAAACUUAAACGACAUUUAGAAACAAAACAUCCGCAAUUCAUUUCACAAAAAGCUUUAGUUGCAUCAUUCGAGGUUUCAUACUUAAUAGCAAAAUCAAAAAAACCGCAUUCGAUUGGCGAAUCUCUUGUCUUGCCAGCUGCUAUAAAAAUUGUAACGGCUAUGCACGGCGAGGCAUAUGCAAAUGAUUUAAAAUCAAUUCCAUUAUCUGAUAACACUGUAUCACGUCGAAUUUCGAACAUAUCUGAUGAUAUAUUAAAACAAUUUAAAUAG